AUUAAACACACAAAAAUGUGUUCAAACUGUUUGUUUAUUAGUCCGUUUGAUAAAUUCGUUGGUUGAUUUGAGUUUAUUGUAAUCUUUGAUGGGUGUUGUUGAAGAAUCUGAAAUGCUUUAAUCUCCAUAUGAAAUCACGUUCUCGUCAGAAAUCAAGAAGAUUACAACCUGAUCUGCAACCAACCACCAUGGAGACCACCGUUCGCCGGCACCGGAGAAUAAUAAUGCUUCCAUUUCCAUUUCAAGGCCACAUAAACCCAAUGCUUCAGCUUGCAAAUCUACUAUACUCCAAAGGCUUCAGUAUCACCAUCCUUCACACCAACUUUAACGCACCCAGAAUCUCAAACUACCCUCACUUCACUUUCAAAUCCAUCCUUGACAAUGAUCCUGAAAAAAGACGGUUUGAGUUGGCCGAAUUUUCGAAGGAUUUCAUCCACAAUCAGGACGGUGGAGACGCAUUGCUUCAUGAACUCGGACUGUUGGUAGCUUCGGGACUAGACGAGAACGAGCGGGUGUCGUGUUUGAUCACCGAUUCGUAUUGGCACUUCGCGCAAACGGUUGCGGAUCGCCUUAACCUCCCCAGGCUUGUUUUGAGGACAAUGGGCUUGUUUUGUACUACUGUUUAUUCUUCGAUACCGCUUCUUGAUGCUCGUGGGUACUUCACACUUGACGAUAGCCAUUUGGAAGAACGAGUGGCGGAGUUUCCUUUACUAAAAGUGAAAGACAUUAAAAAGAUUGGCAUAGAGAGCGGUGAAGUCGGGUACGCGGUGUUAAUUCGUCACAUGGUGAAACAAACGAAAGCAGCGUCAGGAGUCAUCUGGAACUCGUUCAAAGAGCUCGAAGAACCCAUGCUCGAAAGGAUUUCAAGAGACUUCCCUGGACCACAUUUCCUUAUCCCAUUCCCGAAGUAUUACACAGCUUCGUCGAGCAGCUUACUAGAACAAGAUCGAACCAUUUUUCCUUGGUUAGACCAGCAACCGGCUAAGUCUGUGGUGUAUGUUAGUUUCGGUAGCCUUAGUCAAGUGGAUGAGAAACAGUUUUUGGAAAUAGGUCAUGGGUUGGUCAAUAGCAAACAACGUUUUUUAUGGGUGGUCCGAGAUGGGUUCGUUGAGGAUUUAACAUGGUUUGAAUCAUUGCCCGUUGGUUUCCCGGGUGAAAGGGGGCGAGUUGCGCAAUGGGCUCCUCAGCAAGAAGUGCUAGCUCAUGAAGCAACGGGUGCAUUUUGGACACAUAGCGGAUGGAACUCGACAAUUGAGAGUGUUUGUGAAGGUGUUCCUAUGAUUUGUUCAGCUUUUCGGGGUGAUCAACCGCUAGAUGCAAGAUACAUGAGUGAUGUUUCGGGGGUGGCGGUGUAUUUAGAGAAUGGGUUGCAAAGAGACGAGAUCGCACGUGUCAUUAGAAGAAUACUGGUGGAUGAAGAGGGGAAGGAGAUUAGAGAAAGUGCAAAGCUUUUGAAACAAAAGUCAGAUCUUUCUGUCAUGAAAGGUGGCUCUUCUGAUGAUUCAGUGGAGUCGCUUGUUGAUUAUAUUUCUUCAUUAUAAGUUUCUGUAUUUAGAAAUUUCGCAAUGGUGUUAUUAUUAUUAUUAUUUUUAUUAUUAUUAUUAUUAUUA